AGUAGUAGAGGAGGAACCGGACUGAGGAGCUCACAUCAGACCGGGACUCAUCAGGAGAGGACGGAGAGGAGAGCUCUGCUGCGUAAAGACUCAGUUUGCUGCGUAAAGACGCGCGUAAAGAACCAAGAGAGGACUCUGAACUGGGCACGUUUAUACAUCAACCUCUUCCUCUCAACACUCGGAUCAAGGACUGCUUUUUUAACCCCUCUAAAUCCACUUUCUGGCUCCAUGUUUGGUUUUCUGUCUCUCUCCAUGGAUCUAGCCCUCUGAGUGGACUGGACUUUGCCCAGAGAGAGAGGAGGCUGGUGGUGUUGGUGGAGGAGGGUGGAGGGGGAUCACAGCUCCUUCCACCAGGUCAGCUGUCCUUCAUGUUCCAGAGGAGCUGCUGCUGCUUUCUGAUGGAUUUAUAAGCUCCACUUGGUUUACAGCUGCUGGAGGAAGGAUACACCAAAGGAGCUCCAAAUGAGGAUUUCAAUAUUCCCCCGAAUCGACCUGGACAAGGAGUGAUUUCACCCCCACCGGGUGGAGGAAAAGGAUCCAGAUUUAGAGGCUUUGUGGAAGUUUUCCGAUGCCAGGAGCGUCCGGAGUGUGAGGCCGACGCCGGGCUUCCAGCGGACAAUUCUACCUUUUUAACCCAGAAGACGUGAAGAAGAUGGAGAGGAUCUGCACGUUCUGCGUUCUCCUGCUGUGUUUGAUGGACGGAGUCUCGGCCAAGGCCGUCAGCGAAGGACGGACUAAAGAUCUUCGGGUCUCCAGGCCUCUGAUCGCACCAGGUUACCCAGAAAACACCACGGGGCUGGUGGGAGGUCAGGCCAAGCUGGCGUGUAAAGUCCACCGGCCGGCGUCCACCAAGGUGCAGUGGCUGAAGACGGAGGUCAUCCAGGGAGGCCCGCCGCGCCUCAGGGCUCUGACGGCCCUGCAGAGCAACGCGUCCAAGGUGAACACUUUGCAUCUGUCCAACAUCACUCUGGAGGAUGCAGGAGAGUACAUCUGCAUGGCCGAGAGCACCCACGCAGGACAGACGGUACAGGCCCUGCAGUCGGCGUGGCUGGAGGUCCUGCCUGGUACCAUCAUCUCUCGAACUGUGGACCUGACUGCUGCCGACAUCCCAUCAGAUGUUCUUGAGGACCUGAGCGAGGACGCCACGGAGCACCUUCUGCUGGAGCCGGGGAACGUCCUGAAGCUGCGCUGCGACACCACCAGCACCCGGCCCGGCAUGGCGGUGAACUGGUACAGGGAGGGGAACCGGGUUCUGGCCACGCCCCGCAUCCAGAUCCGCGGAGCCUUCAUGGAGAUCACGGACGCGACGUACGAGGACUCUGGCGUCUACGUUUGUGUUCUCCGGGGAACCAAAGAGCCUGUGAGGAACUUCACCAUCACUGUGGCAGACUUGUUGGGGUCAGGGGACGAUGACGAGGACAACGGCUUGGAGGACUCAUCGGCUGAGAUUGAAAACGACCAGGUUUACUUCUCCAGAGGUCCGUACUGGACCCACACCCAGCGGAUGGAGAAGAAGCUGUACGCCGUUCCCGCUGGCAACACGGUGAAGUUCCGUUGCCCGGCUAUGGGCAGCCCGAUGCCGAACAUCCGCUGGCUCAAGAACGGACGUGAAUUCAGAGGAGAGCAUCGCAUCGGAGGCAUCAAGCUGAGACAUCAGCACUGGAGCCUGGUGAUGGAGAGCGUCGUGCCUUCAGACAGAGGAAACUACACCUGCAUGGUGGACAACAGAUACGGCUCCAUCGCUCACAGCUACGUCCUCGACGUCCUGGAGCGUUCCCCACACCGGCCCAUCCUACAGGCCGGUCUACCCGCCAACACCACAGCGGUGGUGGGCAGCGACGUCCAGUUCCACUGUAAGGUCUACAGCGACGCCCAGCCGCACAUUCAGUGGCUCAAACACAUAGAAAGGAACGGCAGCCGCUACGGUUCUGAUGGGACGCCCUACGUUCGGGUCCUCAAGACCGGCAGUCUGAACAUGUCCGAGGUGGAAGUGCUCUACCUGUCCAAAGUCACCAUGGAGGACGCCGGAGAGUACACCUGUCUGGCUGGAAAUUCAAUCGGAUUCGCGCACCAGUCCGCCUGGCUCACCGUCCUCUCAGAGGAGGAAGCAGCGGAGGCGAUGGACACCUUGGAGACCAAGUACACCGACAUCAUCAUCUACGCCUGCGGCUUCCUGGCCCUGAUCAUGGCCAUCGUCAUCGUGGUGUUGUGUCGGAUGCAGGUCCACCCCAGAAGGGAGCCGUUCGACGCCCUCCCCGUCCAGAAGCUCUCCAAGUUUCCUCUUCGCAGACAGUACUCGGUGGAGUCCAACUCGUCGGGGAAGUCCAGCGCGUCGCUGAUGAGGGUGGCUCGCCUCUCGUCCAGCUGCUCGCCCAUGCUGGCUGGAGUCAUGGAGUUUGAAUUGCCCUACGACCCCGACUGGGAGUUCCCCAGAGAGAAUUUAACGUUGGGCAAACCUCUAGGCGAAGGCUGCUUCGGUCAGGUGGUCAGAGCCGAGGCCUACGGCAUCGCCAAGGACUCUCCGGAUCCGGCCUCCACUGUGGCGGUUAAGAUGCUCAAAGACGACGCCACAGACAAAGACCUGGCAGACCUCAUCUCGGAGAUGGAGCUGAUGAAGGUGAUGGACAAACACAAGAACAUCAUCAACCUGCUGGGAGUCUGCACACAGGACGGGCCGCUGUAUGUGCUGGUGGAGUACGCCUCUAAAGGCAGUCUGAGGGAGUACCUGCGGGCCCGGAGGCCUCCAGGUAUGGACUACACCUUUGAUGUGACCAAGGUGCCUGAAGAGCAGCUCACCUUCAAAGACCUGCUGUCCUGCGCCUACCAGGUGGCCCGAGGGAUGGAGUACCUGGCCUCCAAGAGGUGCAUCCACAGAGAUCUGGCAGCCAGAAACGUCCUGGUGACGGAGGACAAUGUGAUGAAGAUCGCCGACUUCGGUCUGGCCAGAGGAGUCCACCAGAUCGACUACUACAAGAAAACCACCAAUGGACGGCUGCCGGUGAAGUGGAUGGCGCCGGAGGCUUUGUUCGACAGAGUCUACACUCACCAGAGCGACGUGUGGUCGUUUGGCGUCCUGAUGUGGGAGAUCUUCACGCUGGGCGGCUCGCCGUACCCCGGUAUCCCCGUGGAGGAGCUCUUCAAGCUGCUGAAGGAAGGACACCGCAUGGACAAACCCUCCAACUGCACACACGAACUCUACAUGAUGAUGCGUGAGUGCUGGCACGCCGUUCCCACCCAGAGGCCGACCUUCAAGCAGCUGGUGGAGGAGCUGGACCGAGUGCUGCUGUCUAUCUCUGACGAGUACUUGGACCUGUCGACGCCCUUCGAGCAGUACUCGCCGUCGUGCGAGGACACGUCCAGCUCCUGCUCCUCCGACAACGACUCCGUUUUUACCCACGAUGCCUUGUCCACCGACCCCUGCCUCCUGGGAUACCAGGACGUGCGCUCCCGGAUAGACGUGAAGACGGCGCUCCGAUAAGCUGGAAGGAAACCCACACGUAUGCAGACAUUGAGCACGACAUAACACAUCCAACGGAAGCCACACUGGAGGUCCGACCUCCUUUAUGGCGCCAGACGAAGCCUCUUAGACGUAGGCGGGCGUUUAUACACACACACAUAAAAACACAUGUAUCCAGUGGAGCACUGAGGCCGGUGGGCUUCAUCACACGGUGAAGGUUUGAAGACAAACGUUUCAUCGUGGGCAGAAGAGAACGCGGUACUUUGGACUAUCAGCUCUGGCACUGCGCCCGAGGAAACGUUGGGAAACUGCGGCACUAAACACCACAGAAGAAGAACGUGGUACUCAUAAACGCUUUCUUUUGAUCGACGGACUAUGAUCUCCUCACACAACCCAAAACCAGGGCGAGAAAACCCUCUGUGAUAAAGACAUUUUUAACUAAACAAAAAGAUUUAUUUUGCUAUGAUAAAAAAGAAGUGAUUGUUAAAUAUAAAUCUCUCUAUAUAAGAUUAUUUUACUUUUGUUGUUGCUUAUUUAAAAGAAGAAAACGGUCUUAAAUCUCAGGAUCUCUUGUGCUAAGAAGUUGCCGUAUAGCGGCAGCAAAGUGCCUGAAUUUACCAUUUCCUGUGAAUAUAUUUAGAAUAUUAAAAUAUUGUAUGUACAUAUCAGCAGCAGAAAGACGAUAUAAAUUAUUCUGACAUAAAAAAUGAAGGAGAGGAAUUUUAAUCAAGUGUUUCAAGUGCCAAACCUGUUGAGCUGUCUCUUUAUGUUCAGGUUUCAUUCCAACAGACUCACUUUAGAAGGAACAUUUGGAUAAUAAUCAUAAUCAUAAUCAUUGCCCACAAAUCAUAAAAUAACAAUAGACGCUGUUAAAGAUUGUUUUUCCAUCAGCAAACAUGUUCUAAAAAACACAAACCUCAAAUGUUUGUGGUCACUAAAUGAUGGAUUGGACCUUUUUAAAGACGUCUUUGUGGAAUGAAACCUCCGUUUGUCAUUUUGUUUUAAACUGCUUCGACCUCCAGCCGAGGAGAAACACUCGUUUGUGGUUAAAUAUUCAGAAGGACUUCCAGUUCUUGUUGCCGUUGUUGGACGAAAGCCACCAGAAAAAUGCUUUUAGCUCGAAUGCAUUUCUUAAGUUGUUAAAAACACAAAGUUCUCAGACUCGUUUCAGUCUUUCAUGAUAGAUAAACAUAAUCUUUGAGACGGCAUUACGUGGUCUUCCUCCAACAACAGCUUUAACCAGAGACGGUGUGUCCCUGAGGUCUGGACUACGAAGCAGGGUUUGGGGUUAGCGAGGUAACGUCAGGGUGGUUACCGGGGUAGAUCACCAUGGUAACUGAUGCAGGUUAUUUUCCAGAUAAGAGAUCAACUCGUAUAAAAGCACCGGGCGUCCAGGGUGUCCAGGGCGUCCAGGGUGUCCAGGGCGUCCAGGGCGUCCAGGGCGUCCAGGGCGUCCAGGGUGGGACUCGACCCUGAAAGGAGGACUGACGAUUCAGCAUUGGGCCCAAGCCCACUGUCGCUGCUGACGAGGAGGGGAGGGUAGCGGGGGGGGGGGGGUACUGAAUGUGAAAGCCAGUGUGAUUGAUUUGAAAUAGAGGAGUGGGGGGUGGGGGGGCUCCUUUGUGUGGCGGUAACCCUUCACCCAGCCCAAUCUGUUGGCGAGGAGUCCUCAGGUCCGCAGCCUGGCCGGACAAUGAAGGCUUUGCAGGCUUAAUGGGUGUGACUACGGACCAGAGGGAGUUGUGUGGGGGGGGGGGGGGCGGGGGGGGUAGCGGUGGAUAGCUUGGGCUUGUGUGCAAAUGAAGAGGCUCUUAUUAUGCUAAUGUGUCCUCUUGUCUCCACAACGCCCCUAUCUUUAUCCCCACAGCCUCCGUCACCAGCUUUUAAAUUACUAAUCUCAAUUCUGCAGCUGCAGAAAAGUCCCCCGUGUCCCCGGUCCUUCCGUGUCCCGGUCCCCCAAUGUCCCCGGUCCCCCCGUGUCCCCGGUACCCCCGUGUCCCCGGUCCCACCGUGUCCCCGGUCCCCCCCGUGUCCCCCCGUGUCCCCGGUCCACCUCCUCGAUCUGGAUCUGAUCGCAGACAAACCAAACAGUUGGACGGAGACUUGUUUGUCUAAAUUCACCCAGUUGAACUGAAUUCAAUCUGAAAUGUGUCUUUCAGUUUAAAUCCCUGCAUCAGCCGCCAUGUUGCUCCGUCUCUGCUCCGUCUCUGCUCCGUCUCUGCUCCGUCUCUGCUCCGUCUCUGCUCCGUCUUUACUCCUUUUCUUCAAGUGUCGGAGAGAAAAAUGUAGGUUUUUAGUCAAUGAAGGAUUCCCGUAUCUUCUCUCCUCAUGCCGGUGUCUCAUAAUCUGUAUUUACAUACAUACACACACACAUACAAACAUACGUACGUACGUACAUACAUACACCAUAUUUGCGGCGUCUUUCCGUUCCAGCCGUCUGCUCUCUCUCCUCUCAGACUCAUCCUGUAAACAAUCACAGCGUUUCCUAAACAUUUCCUCCAGAGAAUUAUUUUAGAAAUAUCUAAUUUAUUUGUUUAUUGUUUUUGUUUUUAUAUAAAAUAAAGUAUAAUUUAAAAUAAA